UACUCACUUUUGUGAAGUUAGCCGACUAAAAUCAAGUUUUUAAGUUUUUUUUCACUCAAUGAAUUGUUGGACGUUUGUUGGUGAUGGUCGGAGUAAGCAAAACGUUCGUUGGAUCUUAUGACUCUUCAUAUUUUUAGCCGGAAAUUUUUUAACUUUUCAUCAUUGAGUAACUAUACUUUCGGGGUGCAAUCGAAACGUAUCCUCUUUGCUCCACUAAACUCUGAAAUAUUCCAGUGAAUUAGUACGUUGGUACAUACUACGUACACUUGUUAGAAUAUCCGUUGAGCAAAUGUUUGAAUGAUAUCAACAAUGAUUCUUAAAUAGUCGUACGUACGGACUAUUCUCAAAGUUGCAGCAACCGCCAAAGUCAGACGCAGGUUCUUCAAAAAGUAUUUUUUGAUCAGUUGUCGCGAUUUUUCGGCAACGAAUUGAAGCCUGCUGUUUGAAUAAUUUUUUUCCAAUGGACAAGAACUGUAAUCUAGCUGAAAGAUAUCGUAUAGUGAGAAAACAUUUAGAUAGACUAGGAUACCGCCAAGCAUUAUCCCUGGAUGCUCUGCCUCUUAUAGAAAGACUGUUAGCGGAUCUUAUUCAGACCACCGACAGCCUCAAACAUUUCAAAACAGUUGCUCAAGAUAAUAUAGAGGCAUGUAGUCAACUGCAGCUGGUAACUGAGCCAUACAAGUGUGACAACGCAAGACUAGUACAGGAGUGUAACCAGCUUCACAUGAAAUUGUUGGAGACAGAUGAAAGUAAUCAGAAGCAAAUCAAGGAGUUAAAAAAGCAAGUACGCAAGUUAGAUAUUGCUUCUAACGAUGUCCAGUUGCUAUCGGCUCAAUAUCUAAAAAGAAUUAAAGAACUCGAAGCCGAAUCAGCUGGAAAAAGUGCAAAAAUUUUCGAAUUGCAAGGCAAAUGUUGUAAGCCCGUAAUAAGCAGCACCCAUCUUGUUACAAAGAAACGGGCCUGCUAUCCUCUGCGAAGACCAACGUUAGAAGCAGAUCCGUUGCCGAGAACAAGCAGCAGUUCCUCAGCAUUGCCAAGUGUGAAAAACGUCGAUCCACAUAUAAUCGAUUUGGUUGAAAUGGCAGAUCACAGGAUGAAUUGUUUGAAUCAUGAGGUAACUAAACUCAAGGGAGACCUCUCAAGUCAGAGCCACAGCGUACAUACACUCAAAUCGCAGCUGGCUAAAAAGGAAAAGGAAAUAAUGCGACUGACGAAAAUGUUAGAUGGUGGCCGUCCUCUUUCAGCUGUGACAAAAGAUUGUUUCUGCAAGAAGAUGGACAAAAAUCAUUGCGAGGAUGUUCGAGAUGUAGAAAUAUUAGAAUGUGCUAAACAAGAUUUGGAGGAUCGGCUCAAAGAUUCAAUGGAAAAACAACACGAAGCCAUGUCGAGGGCUCUAAAAUUAGCUGAGCGUAACGAAAAACUUGAAAAAGAGCUAAGGGAUAUUGACCAUAUUGCACUGGCUGUAGAGGCCGAUUGUAAUAGUGUUGUGCAACAAAACAACAGAAGAGUAUGCAGACUACAGAAAAAAGUGGAAGACCUCAUGACACAAGUUCAUGUACUAGAGAGUGAAUUGACCAUUGAACGUAGGGGGGCGCGAGAGUUGAGAGCAGAUUUAGAGGCUUGCAAGUUAGAAAAGCGCAAUAUUCAACGUGUAUUGGAAUCUACUUUGGAUGAGAAAAAACAGAUGAAUGAUAAAAUGAAUCAAUUAACGGUUAUUGAAAGAGAUUUAAACAACACUGUAGAAAGAUUAACCAAAAGUUGUGCAAUACAAAGACAAGAAAUCGCUCAGUUGGAAUCUUCUGAAAUCAUUCUAAGGGAUCAGAUUCACACAGUUAGUGGAAGUGGUCAUGAUAAUGGAGAUGACAGAGAGAAGGAAAAGGGGGAAAAAAAUGAUAAGAAUAAGGGGAAGAAAAUCUUGAAGACCCGAACAGCAACCAAAGUUCGACCUGCUUCGCCCUCGGUGAAUAAACAUAGCUUGAACGGUCACGGAGAAAAUGAAGUCUCAAAAGAUGUGUUCAACAACUUGCAAGCUGGGAAACACACUGUUGAAAAUCAGAAACCUGAAAAAGAUGAAGACUCUACCACUUAUUAUCUGAGAAAAACUAUAGAGAGAUUGGAAACUGAAAGAGAUUAUUACCGAAAUGAAUAUAACAAGUUUAGAGAGAAGUCCAACCUGCUUUCGAACGGAGAUAACGCUGACUUGUGGGCGCAAGCUUGUGAACUCAGACGCCAAUUGAACGAAAAGGAACAAGUCGUGGCUGAACUUCAACAAGAAAGAAAAGCUUUGGAUCGAGAAAAGUUCAAUUUGGAGGCCAGAUUGCAUACAUCAAAGAACCAACAAAGAAGGACCUGUAUUACCUGCAUUCCCUGCAGCGUUUCAAGGCCAAAUGUCCUCGGCAAUUUUUCAACGACAUCUCCACUCUCCGGUCAAGAUUCCGAUACAACAAAGGCGAUGUUAGAGCGUUUGGAACAGGAACGAGAUUCAGCACGAGCUGACGUCAACCGCUUGGCCGAAGAACGGGAUGCGUUGCGAGAAAGGCUCAAGAUAGCAGUAGAUGCUCAUACGUCGGAACAACGACGUUUGCGGGAACAUUUAUCGGAAGCAGAGACACGCCUCAAGCAAUUAGAAACAGAGAGGCAAGAUCUAAUGCUCUCGCAAGGCACUAGACGUGCUACUAUAAACGGCCUUGAGGAUCAGCUUGACGAUUUGAGAUCAGAAUUAAGACGAACUAAAGAAGAAUUGACAACUCAACGAACUCAGUACUUUCAGCUAAGAGCACUACAAGAGCAGACCGAUCAAGCUCUUGGUGACGUUCAAGGACAACUGGGUCAAUCUGAAACAGAACUGAAUAAGAUGAUGGAUCAUAGAAGAAAUGUAGAACAACGACAGAUGCAACUCGAUAAUCAAGUCAAGGAACUGAAAGAGGAAUGCAACAUGCUACGUGCAAACUUGACUCAGUUGGAUCAAGAAAAAGAUCAAUUAUUGAUGAAUCUAGACGAAAAAACCGAAAGAAUAGCAGAACUUGAGCGAGAUGUUGGCUCCAAGGAACAACAAAGUGGCGCGUUCGAGCAACAAGUUUUGGAUUUUCAACAUAAAUACCGAACAUGCGUUGAACAGUCUACGGAGCAGGAACGGCAAAUGCGCACAAUGGAUGUUGAGAUCACUAAUUUACAACGACAAUUACAAUCCGCUUUUAUGGACCGGGAGAAUGCUAUAAGAGAAAAUUCACGGAUCCAAGAUGAUCUAGCGGCUGUAACUUGCGAAUGCCGCAAUCUUCAGAGAGAACUAGAAACAUCUCGUGCCGAAUCUUAUGAUUUGAAACGUCAGCUGCAAACUUAUGUCACCGAAGUCCGUCGCGCGGAAGAGCUGUUGAACAGAAAGGAAAACGAGCGAUCCGAAAUGCUCAAUCAUUUUCGAAGUUUGAGCUUGGAGGCAACGGUUUUGGAAACUAACAACCAAAGCUUAGAGUCUGAAGCUGCGGAGGCCAGAGGUGCACUUCAGACUGCUCAAGAUCGUUUGCUUGAUCUUGAAAGACAAAUCGCUGAUCGAGAUUGUUUAAUUGGAGGCUAUGAGACUCAGAUUGCAGAGUUGACGCAGAAUGUUGCUAGCAUGGAAACGCAGCUGCAUCAACAAGAUGAGCAGCGAAAACGUGUAGAAGCUGAUCUGAAUGCAGUGAGAGAUCUCUGUGUAAAACUAGAUCAACAAAAAAAUUCUUUGGAGGCGCAGCUCGGUGAAAAAGAUACAAUGAAGCUCCAGUAUGAAACCCAACUGUCAAGACUGAGAGCGGAUCAAAAUAUGGUCCAAGAUCAAAUGAGUAGAGAUAACGCAGCUGUUGAUAGACUGGAAGCGAUGCUGAGUCAAGCGAGACAAGAGUCAAUGACCAAUCAGGCGAUUAAUCAAGAACUUCAAAGUGAAAUGACCAGACUCAAGCAAAAAAUUGACGAUCUUCAAAACAAACUACACACGGAAACAUCUGAACUGAGAAGAUAUCAAAAUCAAGCAGCUGAGUACAGCAAGCAGAUAAGUGAACUACGACGUCAGAUGACAAACGAAAGAUUCGAUAGAGCGAGAAAAGAGGAAGAAGCCCGACGAUCGUUUAAUUCAACGCCAGAGAGUUUCAAUGUUGAUCUCAAUGUAGUCAUAUAAAUUUUGAUCUAAUAUGCCCUGAUUGGUAGCCACAGAAUGCCGGAAGAAUCUAGUUACCGGGGUUGCAGAGAUCU